UGUUGGUGUUUGUGCAUAUUAAUGUGUUUUCUCUUGUUUCUGUUACUCAUACUCCCUUGAGGUUGAGUGCUUCCGAAAUGCAUAUGUGGGUGCUUGUCUGGGUGUAUGCUCCUGUGAGUGCGUCUAUGUGGGUGCUUGUCUGGGUGUAUGCUCCUGUGAGUGCGUCUAUGUGGGUGCUUGUCUGGGUGUAUGCUCCUGUGAGUGCGUCUAUGUGGGUGCUUGUCUGGGUGUAUGCUCCUGUGAGUGCGUCUAUGUGGGUGCUUGUCUGGGUGUAUGCUCCUGUGAGUGCGUCUAUGUGGGUGCUUGUCUGGGUGUAUGCUCCUGUGAGUGCGUCUAUGUUUGCAGUGUGUGUGUGGGGGGGAGGUGUUAGUAAAGCACGGAGGUGUUUCUCAUAUUGAUCAACUGUAACCCUGGCCAUAUAAUGAUGGUUUAACUCAAGAGGGGACAGUUUAAUCUGUGCGUGUGUGUGCGUGUCCCCUCAGUACGUGUGUGUGUGUGUGUGUGUGUGUGUGUGUGUGUGUGUGUCUGAGUGAUGAGACAGUUUUAUGACUGCUGGGUUCAGUGAAUUCACUCACCCAUCACUUUAACAUCCGGACAACCACCAUACCCCUAAUUGAUGUGUGUGAAGUUGAGAAAGGAAAAAAUGAAAUAGAGAAUAGAUAGAUGAAAGUCUAUGCUCGUAGUGGGAGAGAUAGCUUAAACAAGGGGGCACUAAAAAUAGAGGACAGAGAGAGACACCAAAUGAGACAAAAGUGAGGCAGGGAAACGGAGAGAGUUGAAAAGAGAUUGAUCCUCCAGAGAAUAUGUGAGAGAGAGAGAGAUGUUAAGUAAGUGUGUGAUAAGUGUGUGCAUUUUAGCCGGAGCGUACCAGUCCUGCUGUGCUUCAUUAAGUCCAUGUUUGCUGCGGACCUAGUCACCUCCCUCUUUGAGCGCUGCUUGUGUGUGUGUGUGUGUGUGUGUGUGUGUGUAUCGAUUUUCUUUGACAGACCCCCCACACAUCCAGAUACUGUGUUGAGUGGCAGAACUGAUUUCACUAUUUGUGUCUCUCUCUAGAUCUACUCUAUAUAUCCAUUCUCUCCCUUUCACUAUUUAUCCUUCUUUACCUCUCUCUCUCUCUCAAUGUCUUGCUUCUCUCCUUUCUUUCUUUCUCUUUUUCUUUCUUUAUCUCCCCCUCCCCCAGCCCAGUGACCACCCACCAAUCUGUCUCUGUUAAGCUUCCUCCACAACCUGUCAUUCUCUCCCUCCCUCCCUCUCCUCGAUCGCUCUUUAUCUUCCUUCCUGUCUUUCUCUCACUCAUACUCUCUCUCUCUUUCACUUUUCAUCUAAAGAGAGAGGAGGAGGUGAUAGAGGGCUGUAAAAUCAAAUAUGAGAGAGACAGAGAGAGAGAGACGGAGCGAUAUGGAAACGUAGCGAGUGAGAUCACAUAUUCCCUGGGAUUUCAGACGGCCAUGUAACCUGAAUGAGAGCUGUCACAUUCAGUGGACCAGAGCAGUAUUGACCGUGUAUCGAGUGUUGCAGUAGGACUGACCGCUUAUUGACCGUGUCAUAGUAGUCCUGACGACAUAUCGACCGUGUAACUGUACGGUCCAUAAAGUAUCGACAACACUCACUCCUUCAGCCACUGUGUCUGGACCGCAAUCUGCCAGGGAGGCUCACUGAGUCAUGACCACCUGAGGACCACCAGCAGACCCUGUGAGCAUGCCUAGGAGACGGGCGGAGAGAGAUGCUUUCCUCCCCUGUCCCGAGAUACGCUGGUCUGUCUUCGUCAGUGUUCAGUGAAGCACAUGGUAAAGAAUGAGGGAGAAUAAGAAGUAAGGUGGUUGUGGGUGUAUGGGGUUGUGGGUGUGCGCGUGUGAUCAGCAACUCUUGUAUCCUCUCUCUCCACAGAGUGUUCUAUCCCUUAAUUUGUGGCACGGCAUGGAGACCAUCUGGGCUGUGUGUUUGUGGUCUUUCCCAUUGGUAUGUAAUCACUGCUCUUUCUUCUCUCCCAGACUGUACCACCUGAUGGCCUGGGGGGUACCCCUGGUGAUGGCCUCCCUGCCCCUGUUCAGUGGAUACUACGGCCCAGCAGGAGCCUGGUGCUGGAUCACAGGCAACCACGUAGCUUGGAGAUUUGGGAUAUGGUACGUUCCACUCUUCACCCUCAUCUUCCUCAUGAUCUGCUGCUACGCCAGAAUAAUCUACGUAGCCAAUGAGAGGAUGCAGUCGUGGUUUGGCACCUUCAACCCAGAGCGGGAGAGGAGAAAGGUGUCUUUGGCUGAGGAGAUAAAGCCGUUGAAGUGGUAUCCAUCCGUUUAUCUCCUGGUGUCUCUGUUCCCCCUCAUCAACAGGCUCCAUAAUGCGUUCUACCCCCAGGACCCAGUGUUCUCUCUGACUUUGCUCCAUGUCCUUUCAGCCCCUCUCCAUGGCUUGGCCAACGCAUUCGUCUUUGGCCUGGACAGAGACACCUGGAGCCAGCUCAGUCCUACAGGCAUACAGUUGGCGCUGCAAUCUCGGCUGUGUGACAGGACGCGUAUCAGGGAGUACCAUCCUGGGGCGGUGCACUACACACAGGCUGAGCUGGGGGACUUCAGUGACGAGGAUGAUGAGGACACCAACGUCCUUUUCUACUCCCCUGACAUGACCCUGAAAGACAGAGGACCCUGAGAGACAGACAGACACAGACAGACAGACACAGACAGACA